AUGGCCGAACUACACAAGGCGCUUGAGCAGAUAGGUCCCAUCGACUGGGCCGAUGUGCCGCAAGACCUAGGUCCAUUCAUGAAGAACCUCUUCGAGAAUGGUGAACUCAUCUGCAACUCGGUCCCACCUCCAUCCGGCGGCACCGCGUACGAGGCAUCCAAGCCUACCCACUCCGAGCCCGACACAGCAAAGUCGGCCAAAGAGGUCGUCAAUUCAGAUGCCCGUCCCGUCGACCCCCACCCCGAACACGUCGCCCUGCAAAAGUCAUGGGGGAAGCCCGUCAAGUUGAACGCCAAGGACAACCCACUGGGUAUCUCUGUCUACAAAAUGGCAGCCAAAGACAGACGCGGCGCAUGGUUCGCUCGUAGGCAGGUCCUCGAGGGCGUCUCGUUCACAAAAGUCCGCAGAGCCAUGCAGCGCGAGUUCGCAGAGUCUUUGGCUCAGGCUGGUGGUCCUGGUGCUGGCAACGUCCGUGGUAUCGGCGGUGACCGCAGACUGGACAAGAAAGCGGUCGAUGGCGUUGGCAAGAUGGAGGCCCUCCAGCUCAGCGCCCAAUUCCCCGGCCCUACAGCUCCCAGAGAGUUCAUCACUCUUCUCCUGACCACCGAGAACGCCUUGUCCGACAAGACCAGCCAAGACAAACAUCCCAUUCCGAGACACUACAUGGUCGUCUCCAAGCCUCUCACCCAUCCCGAUACUCCUGACCGCGAAGGCUACGUAAAGGGCUCCUACGAGUCUGUCGAGAUGAUCCGCGAGAUCCCCUUGACCCCCGCUCCUGAGAAAGAGGGAGCUGCUGAUGGUGACAAGCACGAGCUCAACCCUGUCGAGUGGAUCAUGAUUACACGCAGUGACCCUGGUGGUGGUAUUCCUCGUUUCAUGGUCGAAAGAGGCACUCCUGGCUCCAUCGCCGCCGAUGUGUCCAAGUUCCUGGAUUGGGCAUGUGCCAAAGAUGAGAUUCCUGACGCCGAUGCCGACGAGGAACUGCAACAGAAAGCUCAGGCCGAGCAAACUCAACAGAAGGGCCCUCCUCCUGCUGCUGCACCAGCACAGAAUUCACAAGCACAGCAACCUGCCGUACAGCAGCAAGGCGGAAUUUUCGCCUCCAUCACAGGCGCCGUCGAAGCAGGCAUAGAAGCUUAUGCUCCGGCCAGUGUCGCCAACUACACUCACAACUACAUGCAUCCCGAGGACGACACCUCAGACUCAUCGUCAUCUUCGGACUCAUCAGAUGCCGCAUCAUUUGCAUCUGCCAAAGAUCACCAUCAUCAUGACAUGGGCGACCACCCAGCACAACAUCCCGCACACGACAGCGCAGCUGUAGCCGCUUCUACAACCUCGAUUGGCCGCGCUUCAUCCGCCUCAUCAUCAGCCGUCCCAUUAGGCAACUCCCCUCACGACAAAGAAUUGCGCAAGAUUGACAAAGACCGCGCAAAGAUCGAGGCAAAGAUCCACAGCAAACAAGACAACGAGGCGGUCAAACUCGCCAGCCGCAAAGAAAAGCACCCCGAAGACUCUGCCAAAUACCAAGAACAAUACGACGCAGCAAUGGCCAAGCUGGCAGAAAAGCGCGAAAAGGAACUCGGCAAACUGGAGCAGAAGCGCGAAAAGGAAAUCUCAAAAGCGCAGAGGAAGAGGAGCGUACAGCUGAACAAGGACGAAGCCAAUAGAGUUGCUAGAGAAAGAGAUGAUUUCAGAAACCAGGUCGACAUGCUGAAGCGCGAGAACGGAUUGCUUAGAGAGCAAAUGACUGAUUUGCAGCGUGAGAAUGCCAUUCUUGUUGAGAAGGUCAACAAGCUUGCUGGAGUUGGCGCUCUCAAGGAGAUUCAGAACGAGGUUGCGCAUCAAUGA